UGAGCGCGCACACGCUGGCAGCUGGUGAUGGGAGACGCACUGCGUCGCGCGCAGGUUGCUGCUCAACUAGAAACGUUCAGUUUGACUUCUUUUCUUUUAGAUGUGUGAUUAAUUACAGGAUUGUAAAACCAUACAACGUUUAUCAGUCUUUUUGGAAGAAGAAACGGAACAGUCUUUUCUCCCACUCUUUAAAAUGUUGGUGUAAUGUUUUUGUUUGGGGAAGUUGCGCGACGCUGAGGAUUAGAGCCAUGAUGCCAAGCAGGGAGUAAAGUGGUUUGUUUCCUCAAAAUGCCUUAAAACUGGAAUCCAACUUUCCCUGGAGUUCUUAUGGAAUACAGCCCGGCUUUACUCAGCUCUCAUGUUGUGCCAUCAUCCCACGCGAAGAACAAACUCUUCGUGUUCUGCGUGAUGUUGUCCCUUUGGAUAUAUAUGAUAUAUUGCUGCGUUGGCUACUGCUCAACCAUCCCGAACCUGGCGUACGGUUCGGCCCGCACACGCGAGGGUGAUGCUGCGGUGGACGGUCAGGACUUGUCUCUGGGGGCUUCCAGAGAUUUACUGAAUAAUGAGAACGAUUUGGACAGCAGAGGAGACGAGUGGGAUGAAGUCAGAGGCGAGGCCAGGGCGCUGGAUGAUGAUGAGGAUGAUGAUGCCUGGUCCAGUUUCCUCAAUGAGACGGAAAGUAAAAAGUUGCCCCAAGCGAUCAUCAUCGGUGUGAAGAAAGGAGGAACCCGGGCACUGCUGGAGUUCCUGCGCCUGCACCCGGACAUCAGGGCGGCGGGAGCGGAGCCGCACUUCUUCGACCGCAAUUACGACAAGGGACUGCCCUGGUACAGGGAGUUGAUGCCAAAAUCAUCAGAGAGCCAGCUGACUAUGGAGAAGACCCCCAGCUACUUUGUCACUAGAGAUGUCCCCUCCCGGAUCUACAGCAUGUCUAAAGACACCAGACUGAUCGUUGUGGUUCGUAAUCCUGUGACACGAGCCAUCUCAGACUACACUCAGACACGCUCCAAGAAGCCGGACAUUGCCUCAUUUGAAAGCCUCACUUUAAAAAACAUUUCAGUGGGUGUGAUUGACACCACAUGGAGCGCCGUGCAAAUCGGCCUGUAUGCCAAGCACCUUGAACGCUGGCUCCAGUUCUUCCCCUUGGAGCAGUUGCUGUUUGUUAGCGGAGAGCGCCUCAUCACCGACCCGGCAGGUGAGAUGGCUCGUGUUCAGGCCUUUCUGGGACUCCGGAGGGUGAUCACAGAGAAGUAUUUCCACUUUAACCCAGCCAAAGGUUUCCCCUGCCUUCAGAGACCCGACGGGAACAGCAAGCCUCACUGUUUGGGCAAAACCAAAGGCAGAACUCAUCCUAAUAUUAACCCAGAGGUUGUGCAACGUCUAAGGGACUUCUAUAAACCUUUUAAUAGGAAGUUUUAUAAGAUGACUGGUCAGGACUUUGGUUGGGAUUAAGAGAAAAACCGUAAAAUCUUAUGUUGGUCCCUUGUCUGUGUUUUUAUUUUAUUAUUUAAUAAUUUCAUCAUUCAGGAUUGAGACAUGUACAGUAUUUAGUGGUGUGUAAAAAGCUCAGAGGUAUAUUUUAUGAUAAUUUAUUGCUAAGAUAUCGAGUCACAAAGCUGCCUGAUCAGGUCAUUCAAGGGUUGAGUUUCCAAAAACCCUUUUCCUAAAAGCACAACACGGCGUCUGUUUUCUCUAUUAGUAUUAUUUUGUUUUUUUUUCCUUUCACCUUGAAGGAGGUCCGGCUCCACAAUAAACUGGUAAUACCCCUUUAACAUUUGCCUGACCCUCAGAGGACUGUGCACCCACUUAGUCAGGUCGAUACGGACCACAGCUGAUCCUGUGCAACUUGCCAGGUGGAUCAAUACAGUAAUAGCUCCUCAUUGUGUCAAUUAGAGCUGAGUGAUGGAAUCGCCUUGAUCUCCUCAGCGUCUUAAUAAAACAUUUGUCCAACAAAGGCACAAUGUUUAUGGUUAAGCCUUGAGCCAAACUCCAUCUAAUACAGAAAUAUAAUUACUGCUUGAGAUUUCUGACUCCACCAGUAUUUAUUUUGUUGAUCCAAGAGGGAGUUUGGUCACAGCGCUGGGAUGGUAAUGUUGUUUUCCUUCAUGGAGCAGCUGCUCAGGCUUCAUUCCUACAGAGAGACUUAUUUAACACAAUUAAAACAAAACAUGAUUUGGUAACAUUCAUUGAUUUGGACUGAAAUUGCUUACAUUGAUCACUCAGGAGUUUUUUUUUUACAUCCAAUAAUGAAACUUUGUGUGUGUGUGUGUGUGUGUGUGUGUGUGUGUGUGUGUGUGUGUGUGUGUGUGUGUGAAUUACACCAAUCCACAAACGAGCAGUUUUUUUCUUUUUUUCAGAAACGCGAACAGAAUCAAAAUCAGCCUCUCCAUCAUGUCGAGUUUUACUGAGCCUUUCUGAAACACGAGUGAGGUUGUAACAUCAGUAAUGAUGGAGAGGGGACUUUCAUUUGCUGUCUGCAAUGAUUUACAGAAAAAUAUUCAGAUAGGACAACUUUUAAAUGAGACACUGUCAUGUCAUUUUCCUGCAAUAGAAAAUAAACUUUUUCCCAUUG